UUCAGCUAUAUUAAUCUUUUAAAAUAAAAUUAAAAAAAAAUGGAUGUCUUAAACUCAUCUGAUCAAAACUUGACCUCUGAAGAACUGUUCAACAAAAUGCCAUCCAAAAUCCUGGUGUCCCUCAUUCUGUCCGGGCUAGCACUGAUGACAACGACCAUCAACUCCCUUGUGAUCGCUGCCAUUAUCGUGACUCGAAAGCUACACCACCCCGCCAACUACUUAAUUUGCUCCCUUGCAGUCACAGAUUUUCUUGUAGCUGUCCUGGUGAUGCCUUUCAGCAUUGUGUACAUCGUGAGAGAGAGCUGGGUUAUGGGACAAGUGGUCUGUGACAUUUGGCUAAGCGUUGACAUCACGUGCUGCACAUGCUCCAUCUUGCAUCUCUCUGCUAUAGCUCUGGAUAGGUACCGGGCAAUCACAGAUGCUGUUGAGUAUGCCAGGAAAAGGACUCCCAGGCAUGCUGGCAUUAUGAUUACCAUAGUUUGGAUUAUAUCUAUUUUUAUCUCUAUGCCUCCUCUGUUCUGGAGGCACCAAGGAACUAGCCGAGAGGAUGAGUGCAUCAUCAAACACGACCAUAUUGUUUCCACUAUUUACUCAACGUUUGGAGCUUUCUACAUCCCAUUAACAUUGAUUUUGAUCCUCUACUACAAAAUAUAUAAAGCAGCAAAGAUGUUAUACCACAAGAGACAAGCAAGUAGGAUUGCCAAGGAGGAACUGAAUGGCCAAGUCCUUUUGGAGAGUAGUGAGAAAAGCACUAGACUGGUCUCCACACCGUACAUGCUAGAGAAGUCUUUAUCUGAUCCAUCAAUGGACUUUGAUAAAAUUCACAGCACAGUGAAAAGUCCCGGGUCUGAACUGAAGCAUCAGAAAUCUUGGAGAAGACAAAAGAUCUCAGGCACAAGAGAACGCAAAGCUGCCACUACCCUGGGAUUAAUCUUGGGUGCAUUUGUAAUAUGUUGGCUUCCUUUUUUUGUAAAAGAAUUGGUUGUUAAUGUCUGUGAAAAGUGUAAAAUUUCUGAAGAAAUGUCAAAUUUUUUGACAUGGCUUGGAUAUCUCAAUUCCCUUAUAAACCCACUGAUUUAUACAGUCUUUAAUGAAGACUUCACAAAAGCAUUCCAAAAACUUGUGCGAUGUCGAUGUUAGUUUAAAGAAAGUUUAUUAUGAAAAGGUUGGGGUUCUUUUGAGGUGAAGUAACUUAAUGAUUGCUAAAUAACAAAACAUCUAAAAUUUUAGAAAGAAAUAAAUUAAAGCUGCUAAAAUGAUAAUAAUAUAAUUUAUAUUUUAAUAGCAACAUGCAUAUAAAAUGUGUUGAUUUAAAGACAUCUUUGAUCAUCAUUCUAGAGUAUGUGAGAUUAGAAAAUAAUUUAUUAUUUAUAAACAGUAUUUUGCCUAUGCAAUGUCCCUAAAAAGCUCACUGGAAAUACACACAUAUAUAUAAAAUUAAUGACAGUGAUUUUCCAGUUUAUGUCUUAAAACAAUUAGAGAAGAAUUUUCAAUUAACACAUACCUCCAUCCACAAUUUCUAUAUAAUCCUAUUGUUUUAUUAUGUGAUUCUAUUACUUUAUAGAAAAGAUAUAAUUCACCAAAAAGCACACAUUUCUCCUACCUAUUAUCCACUCUCCAUCAUACCCUGGACAAAAGGGGAGGGGGGAAGAAGCUAAGAAAGACUUAGUAUGACCCGAGGAAAUGUAAAAGUCAGAGGUUGAUAUUGUCUUUGUAUUUAGAUAGUUAAGAGUAAUCAUAAAAUGAGUUAGAUACUGCAGAAUAAUUCUGCCUACUGAACUUGUGCGUGUUUAACAUUCUUUUUGUUUAAGAUGAAUUCCUAGAAGAAUAUUUUCUUACUCAGAUAUUAUCAACAUUUGAAGUCAAAGCCUUACCCUAGUAAAAAUAACUCAGGGAGGGUCCAAGGGGAGGUGUUCUAACUUUGCCAUGUUUAAGAAUCAAAUUUAGGGUACUAAGUACUCUAGGUUACUUGCCAUAGAUAUUAUAUGCCUCUCUUUUUUUAAAUAUAAAAUAUAUUUCAUUUCCAUUAAUGUUAAUAAGCUAACUCAAACAUCUGUGGUACUUUGCACUUACACAGCUCCAUACCUUCAAUUUAAACGUUAUUUCCCUUUUAUUAGCGAGAAUGUGAUAGGAAUUCUUAGAACUGUCUACUGACUUCAAAAAAAUCUCUAGUUUUCCAAUUGGUAAAAAUGAACAGGCAAAGAUUCAUAAUAUACUAAUUACAUAUAUUGUAUAUUAUAUAUGUAUCUCCCAGUUAGUCACUCCACAAGUUCAGUGAGCCAAAGCAAUUUCAUAAGCUUAUCUUCCAUAUUUAUAUAGGGAUUUGAAAACAAAAGAACAGUGCUUCUGAGAUUUCAUUUCAUUUGAGCCAGCAAGGUCAUACACCACCUUUUAAGCCUACCAUCAACCAAAAUCAUUUGAAAAACAAUACAUUCCCUUUUAUUUUAAGUUGCUCCUUUGUGUGUAUUCUAAAUAUUCUUUUCCAGUGACAUAAUUAAGAGUACAUUACAUCAAUUUUUUAAUGUAUCAGUGACACAUUACUCUCAAUCUAACAAAUAUUUACAAAACUUUAAUUUUAUAUAAAGCAUUGAGAUGUACUAUAUAGAAGAUACAGGAAAUAAUAAAAACACUAUUUCUUCCCUUAACACAUUUACAAUCUAAAAGGUGAAACAAAAGAAAAAUGAACACUAUAAUAGAAAAGAAAAAAACAAAGAUUGACAUAGAAGUUGUUUACUUUGUUAUGGUGAUUUGAAGGAAACACUGAUCACAUCUAACUGAGAAAAAUCAGAAAAAUUUUGUAAAGAAUGUGUCUAAAAUGGAUAUUAAAUAAAUAGCAUUUGAAUAAGAGAUAUGGAAGAACAUACUUCAGGUGGUGGCAACAUAGAGAUUUCAGACUGCAUCCUGCAGUGUUUGGUGGGGCCUGAUCAUAAAAUAGCAUUUAGUCUGGCAGCUAUUUAGAACAAUGGGAGAAGAGAUUAAAAGAUAAAUUGACCAUUAUUGUGGCUGACUUUGACAGUCAUAAAAAGAAGUCUACAGUCAAUUUAGUUGCUAUCUGUCAAUGAGUGGUCACUGAUGCUUUUUAGUAGAACUAUAAGUUUUGUACAGUUCUAAAAAAAAAUCUGAAUGGAUUCGAGCAGAGAGCAUACUGGACGUAUUAACUUCUUGUUAGAAAGCAAAUCAUGAACCCAGGCAAGAGAUGAUAAAGUCCUGAACUUGAUUCUGGCAAUAGGACUUUAAAGGAAGAAACAGAUGAGAGACAGUGUGGAGGCAGAAUCUGCAGUUUAUACCAACAUGUUAAUGUGCAGGCAGAAAGACAGAAAGACGUGAGUCACUGAUAUAGCUUGUUCUCAACUGAAAAGAGGAACUCAAGACAAGGGUUCUACUGGUGAAAUGAUUUCCAUAUAGGGUACGCUAAGCACAUAGAGACACUACAGAGCUCAGAGGCACUACCUGGCAGUCUGGCCCAGGUGAAACUAACAAGUAGAUGAAAUUUAUCUACGGCUCCUGCCGCCUCUUCUCUCUAUUUCCCAGGGCUCCUGUGCUAUGUUGACAGUCCAAAGCCUGCUUGAGACCCUAUCAUUUGCUGCUUAUUUCCCUUCCCUCUUCUCACCAAAAUUUGAUUCUAUGAUUGAUUCAUUCAAAGGCCUUGCUAAAGUUAAAACAACCUGUUAAAUGAAUUUAUUUACACCCACCUCAAAAAUGUGUAUGUUUAUACUGGAGAAGUCUAACAGUCACUGCCCAUCAACCCAAAGGAACAAGUCUCAAGCAGGGUGAGGCUCAUCCAAAUACACAUACUACCCUCUGCUCUGAGAUGGGCUGAAGCUCAGAUCUGGGAAGAUAAUACUGUGAGUGACAGGGAAGGCAAAUGCUCCUUUAGAGCUCUGAGGAGAACCGAGUUUAUCAUUUGUGUAUAUGAAGCAGUUUUUUAAUCCAUGGGAGUCACAACACAUUAUAGUAUCACUUCACCUACGUGUUUUCCCCACAUGCUGAAGAUACAGAUCAUGCCAUUUCUUGUAAACUAGUAUGAGUGAUUUCUCUUUAAUAUCUUUAAAUGGUAGGUGUAGGGACUAAUAAUCUGCAAUUUGCACUUUUUAAGAAAUUUAUGAAGAACCAAUUGCGUAUAACAUGAUAUGCUUCCCUGAAUAUAUUUUUUCUCUCAGUGAAAAUUUUCCAAGUUACUAAAAGCUGCAGAUUUCCACAGAAGAAAAUAUAAUUUCACUUCUGUAACAAAUAUAACAAUAUAAUAAUGCAUAUAUUUAACUGAUAAGGUAGAAGAAAAUAAUAUAAAUAUCAUAGAAAGUGGUUAUUAUAUUGGAUAAUGAAGGUUAACUUCCUGCUACAGUUUUAAAUAUGCCCAUACCAGAGAAGUAAGUGGAGGGUUUAUUUUUGCUCUCUUCUUCUAAAUGUUUUCAAAUGAAGGAUGUGUAAAGGGCAAGGACAAAACACCAAAGAAAGGAAGUCAAAACUGCUGAAUACUCAAUUCAGUCCAAUACUCUUAUCAUUUGGCAUAGCUAUGUACAAACCAUAUUUGAAAAGCUACUUCUGUUUAUUAAAGAUGGUCUUUAUUAUAGAUCUGGAAUGAGAAUAAGGAUUGCCCACCUUGACUGUUUGUUUUGUUUCACAAUAGACCCCAGGGUCAAGUCCAUAGCAUAAACAGUUUAUCUAGGCACUGGCAGUUGAUAGGUCAGUCCUUAAGUAGGACCAAUUUCCAUUUCAAAUCUCCAAAACCUGUCUUCCUUUCCCUCUUCUGGUGAACUUGAUUCACCUCCAACCUCACCUCCACCCCCACCCCCACCCCGUGCUCUAGGGUACACAAGUUCCCUGCCUGCAGGUGAACGAAAGCUUCUUUUAGACCCACUUCCAAAUUCUUCAAUCAUUUCCAGAUUUUAUAAUUCCUUAGCAGAGCACAAUCCUCAUAUUCUCAGGCUCAAUCUUAAACUUGCCCUGUACAAAACUCUGUAUCAAGAGUUUUGUGUCAAAAAGAAAUGAAGAACUAAUUAGAAGCCAGUUACAAGGAAAUGCACUGACUUGCUCCACCAAACUUGUGAGAAUGGGAGUGAUUAUUUGCUUCCUGCUGCCAUGAUUUCCUCUACCUCAAGGAGUGAGCAGCUUCCUCAUGAAUUUAUACAAGAUUUUUUUUGACUUAUAGUUAGGAAAUCAGGUUUACUGUAUUGCAGUAGAAAGGAAACUUGAAGGAUUUUUCCUUAAUCUAUUCUAAAGUCCUUCAAAAAUAACCCUGCUCAAUUCAAAAUGUGUCCACAUUAAAUUAAUUUGUUUUGGAAAAUGUGUUUCUAACAUCCUCCUAAUAAAGAAAAUGAUUAUAUUCAGACCUUUAUUUUGCCAGAAAAUGUUCCCAUAGGCGAGCUAAUACUUCUGUCAUGAAUAAAGUAAUAUUUUCUUAUGGCAUUGUGAUCAUUUUUCAUGGCCUUGUGAAUCAGUAUGCUUUCUCUCAUUAUUUAAAUGAGGAACCUGUUGAGAGAAAUAUUUUCCAACAUUAUAAUAAAUGUCUGGUUAUUGAUAAAGCAUAUCUUCUCUGCACAAAACGUGAUAGUGCUUGAAAUCUACCUAAGAAGGGUAAAAAAUAUUUCAAAAAAUUUGCACUCCCUGAUUAGGCCGGAAAUCAUAAAAAUCUUGAGGGAAUAAAAUGUGUAUUAUUUUUAUCAACAAUAAAUCUUUUCAAACUAGCCCUUCAGUAGACUUUGUGUCUAGUCACAGUUCCAAUUUCUACCAUGGAGAGUUUCCACCCUUGCAAGAACAGUAAAAUGAACCUACUGGUUUAUGUAGACACAGCAAAGCUUGCUAUGUCUUUCUUCCUAUGUUCUUCAAUAACCUCUUCAUUACAUCAUAUUAAUAUUCCUAAAGUAUAUGUAAUUAAUAUUCAUUCCUAAGAAUUAUACUUAUUGUAUCAUUUUAUUUCAUAUAUUGCAUUAAAUACUACAUAAUUGCAUUAUAUUGCUGGGUUUGCUGCCUUAGGGUUCCCCCACCCCAACUCUAUUAUGAAAAUAAAAUUUUACUCACCCCCCAUCUCCCAUACACACACCAACAAGGACAAUUUCCCCAUUGUGUUAGUUGGCCUGGCUUGGGUUUAAGUGGAUCUGUGACCCUAAUAGAGUGUGUGUGGGUGUGUGUGUGAUUUUGUAGAUGUUAAGAAAGACUGAACUACAACAAAGAAAUGAUCUUAGCCUAGAACACUGUUGAACUUGAAGAUGAAGAAAGAAGAGAGGGAGGGUUUCAGCAAGAAGAGGAAUAAUUCAAAUUCAAAAUUUUCAAAACCAGUGUGCAGAAGUAUGCCCUGAGAGGCUGCUCAUUAAGGCAGAUUCUAAAGACUUAAGUCUGUGAGUCCCCCAUGGAGCCCCAGAAUCUGAGUUUUCAUCAGGGUUUUCCAGUUAUUCUAACAAAGGUGGAGCUUGGAGCUUUUCUAGAGACCAUUGCUUGAAACCUCCCAGCUAGCUAGUUCAGUUUUUUGUAGGAUAUAGUUAUAGUAACUGAAAAUGAAAUUUCACCACCAUUGCCCUUACUGAGUUCCAGUCCGUAUCCAGAAAACUACUUUGUCACUCUGUGAACAGUGCCUAAUGCAAAACAGAAGUAAAAAAUCAUAUCAACAUUGCUGAGUGGACUUUAAAGCACUCAGUUAAAAAAAAAAGAUUAAAAUCUGUUCUCAACAGGUAUAUUAUUUAAAUGUUGCUAGGAUAAAGAAUAAAAGCUUUUCAUCACAUACGAAACAGCAAUUUAGAGGCGUCAAGAACUCUCUAGAUUUGAAAUCAGAAAAGGCUAAAAGGGAGUGCUGAUUCUGCUAAUUAUGGACUUCAUGCUGAGCAAGUUCCAUCUGUCCUGCUUGCCUCAGAUUUGAGUUGAAAGACUGAGAAAUAUGGUGACAUAAAGCAAACACCCUUGAAAAACACCAAAGGACUACAACAUGUCAAUUAGCAUCGUUACUAUUCUCUGCGGCAGGUCUGGAAUGAGUCAGAGCACACUUGCCGUGAAACCUGGUGUUCUGGAGUGCGCACUGUCUUCUUCUGAGUCUGGAGAGAAGAGAGGAAUUGAUGGCCUCGUGCUGCUGGCUCUCCUGUGAAGCUCUGUCCUUAGCAGAGUAAUAACUCCGCACAACCCCAUCGCAAUGACAGAAAUGCCGCCGGCUGGGCCUUCACCGGCCCCUUCCUAGCUGUAUCCCUGUUACUAAAAGCCUGGCAUUGUCAAAACUUCUUUAGCUUUCUUGCAGGAUGCAAUACAAGACUUCUACCCCAUGAAAAUCAAAACUGCAAUUAUUCCAGCAUUCCUUUCUCCUAUUGAUAACAGAGGUGAUUUUCCGUAUGUUUUAGGAUUUGGGUUUUAGUUUCAUCCUUUAAAUACUAAAGGGGAAACUUUUGUUAGAAAUGAGAAUUCUCAGUUGAUGAAAACAAGACUGGAGGCCUAAUUCUAGGCUCUCUUGAGUGUAAGAAAAAGCACUACUAAUUUAUGUAAAAAUAUUUGAAUUUAAAGAAACUACUCAGUAAUAGCUUUCUGUUGCUUAUUACAUUUCCUGACUCCCUGGCUUGGCUUUUGGGGCCUUGAUAAUGAUAAUAAAAUAGACCACUCUAGAAGAUCUUGUUUCCCACUAUCCUCUCUAGCCCCAACAAAUGCUGUCUUCCCCAGUCCCCUCCCUGUCCUCACUGUCCUCACAAUGUGCCUUGCUUGUUUUUGUCUCAGUUGCUCUUUUAGCAUUGUUUCUCCUCCCACCUGAAGUGCCCUCCACCUCCUUGAUGUUUAAGCAACUUAGCCUUCAAAGCACAGAUUAAAUUCCACUUCCUCCUUGAAAUUAAAUUUGUAUUCAGUUUCAAUAUUGUGAAGACACAACAUUGUCUUCGAUAAUUCCUUAUUUGUUUUGAAUAGCACUAAUUUCUUCAUGAGCAUUUGGUUUUUAUACCAACUUAAAACAGUAAGUUACUUAAGGGGGUUGUUUAUUUCUCUGUAUUCCUUCCAUACCUAUCUCAAAGAUUUUUGAAUACUGAUCUCCUUCUCUAAGUGAGCCUGGUCCAUUUCACUGUGUCUUAGUACCUAAAAAUUGUUACAGUUGAUUUAUCUUUAUUCUUAAAAUUCAAUAAAAAACAUACAAGUGGAUUCUUGUCAAAAGGGAAAUUGAGAAGUAAUGUGUGUUUGGCUAGAAACAGAAAAGUAGUUCUUAUUUUUCAGUGAUUAGAGAAUAUCUUACUGACAAUGAAAUACAUGAAAUUCACAGAACAGUAAUUUUUUGGAAAUAUCUAUGUAUUAUAAUAACUUUGCUAUUUGGUAAUUUUACAUCAUAAACCAUAUAAGUAUGAUAUAAAAAUGCUUUAAAUUGUCUAUUUCUAAAGAUAACACUUUAACUCUUAUUCUAAAAUCAGAUAUAAAUAAAUACACUUGGUCAUAUUAAAACUCA